CACGUGAAACACCUGAAACACGUGAAACACCUGAAACACGUGAAACACCUGAAACACCUGGAACACGUGACCAGAACAGAGCCUUCAGGUGAUGGCGAGAUCAGAAAAUGAUGUCAUUGACUUCCUGGCGCUGGAGAGAGAGCUGCAGACGGCGGUCGAGUCUGAACGCCGACAUCAGAGAGAGAACGACGCUAAACUGAGAGCCGUCAGCCAGAGAGGCUCCUCCUACAACCAGUUCAGAGACCUGGUCCUGUCCUGCCACCUGAAGCCUCUAGAGAAGAAAGAUAAAGACGGAGCUCCACGGAAACAGCCAUGGAACCCCGUCGCCCCGAGCAACGAGAGAUACCCCGUCGCCCCGAACUACGAAAGAUGAACUUUAUUUGACUGUGAUUGUAAUAAAACAUGUUGCUA